AUGGCACCUAACAACAAUUCCUCCUCUUCGCCAUCUGACCAAGCGCUCGAGACGACAAUGGUCAGUGGUUCCUCUUCGUCGCCUACUUCAGCGGACAUGGAUUUCCAAUUGGCUGCUCUCCCAGAGAGUAGAAAGCGCUCGCACAAUACCGAUUCGGAUGCUCAUCUCGACGAAGAGCGACAAGCUCAACGAGUUAGAAUUGGCGAAUCUACCUCCUCUGUUCAGAAUGAUAAGCCAGAGGGCGUCGUAGCCUCUUCAGCUGUUCGACGUCCAAUGGCGGUUCUUCGUGGUAGCCGAAGACGGCAACUUGGUCGUAGCCAAACUAUGCACCGUCAAGAGCAAGAGCGUAUUUCAAACACUUUUGCCAGAAUGAGUGCUCCAACUCCAACGGCUCCAGCUAUCUCGCUUGCUGAAGCCAGCCAUGCAGACAAACCAGCUGCCACCCCCUCAAUAACCGAGCCUACUUCGCGAAAGCGUUCAUAUGAAGACCAUGAUUCCGGUUACGAGGCAAGCGAAGAUGAGCGUCCAUCCAAGAUCAGACGUAAACGCGAUGCUUUAUCUCCUGCUCGCAAUUCCACAUCACGCUCAUAUAUUAGAGCUGCUGCUGCAUUUCGCUCUCGUGGUGCUAGAUACAGGUUCCCCAUUCAUUCCAUGAGAAUGGGAAUGAGAUUGAAUUCUCGGAUUCCACGUGAGGUUGAGAGUGAGAUUCUCGCCACAUCAAACGUGGACUCAGAGGCAGAACAAUCGCCAGCUCCAAGUGAGCCUUCUCCAGAUGAAGCAUACAAUCAGCCACUCCACUCUGCUCGAAACGAUGAGCCCAAUGCAGGUUCAGUAUUCGUCGAUCUCACUCUCCUCACCGACACUGAAGCAGAGGAAAAGCCGGAGGAUUUGACUGUCGGCCAGGAAAAUGCCUCUGACGAAGCGGAAGAGCUCUACGAAUCGAGUCCAGUUGUGCAAGACACCGGUCGUCGCAUCAGAGAAACAUUCAUCGAUAUCACUCUCCUCACCGACACCGAAGCAGAGGAACAGUUGGAGGAUUUGAAUGACGGCCAGGAAAAUGCCUUUGACGAAACGGAAGAGCUCCACGAAUCGGGUCCACUCUUGCAAGUCACUGGUCGUCCCACCAGAGAGACAUCAGAGGUGGAUGAGAGCGAGUUCUACGACUACCAAUACUCUGUGACCUCACCAUUUUCCAGGUCAUCAUCCAGAUCACCAUCCAGAUCACCAUCCAGAUCACCAAGUCCUAGAGUUAGCACGCCGGAUUCUAAUCGGCCGACGUCGCCACAGAUACCCGACUCGGACGAUGAAGCAGCCUUAAUAAGGCGCCAGUAUUCGCCAGUAAAGGUCUUCGAUGGUUCGUCAUCCUCCAGCUCCGACUUCAGCCCUUCAUAUAGCCGUCGUGAAUCCCCUGCUCCAAUGGGCGAGCAAAGGCUUCGACCCUUUCAUCCGGAGCCUACCGCCGAGUUUCACAGAUUGCUGCAUCGUGUUGAGACCGAGAGAAUGUACUAUCUUCAACACACUCGCGACCACGCGAGCGAAGAUCUGGAAGGUGUCUACUUGAUCGUUGGAACCCAGGGAAGUUUGUACACGGUGACCAUGGCAAAGGUGCCUCGAUGUAAUUGUCAGAUUGAGCGGGAUCCCACAUUCUGCGCACACAUCGUUUUCAUUCUCGUGAAAGUCUUGCGGCUGGAAGCACCACUUCGUCACCAAGCCGCUUUCCUUUCCACUGAGUUAGAUCAAAUGCUCAAUGUCGGGAUCGUUCAAGAGUACUGCGAACGCAGGCCCGUCGAUAUCCAAGAAACUUGUUACAUCUGUCGGGAUGACCUAAACGCCGAUGACAAUAUCCUAACGUGGUGUAAAAACCAAUGUGGAACCAAUUUUCAUCGACAUUGCAUGCUUCACUGGGCGGCAACAAAUUGGCAAGCCGAACGCGAUGUCACAUGUGGAAAUUGCCGCGCGUCGUGGGAAUUCACCGGCGAGGAACUGUUGGAGGCGAUUCGAAUCGGCGAAAACGAAACCACACACACCAUCGGUGGGUAUGCCAAUGUCGCAUCCAUUUUAGGGAUGGAAGAACCGCAGCUAGAUGAAGUAGAAGAACAAGAAUACCGACGAUUUAUACAAGAGGCCGGUGGCUUCAGAUUACGGUUGGAACCCCCAGCGCCUCAUGAAAUUGAAGACCGAGAGGACUGGGAGAUCACAUCCGAGGAAGAUAUAUCCGACGACGAUGACGACGGAAAUCCCGACGAUCGUGCUAUCGAGGCUAUAGUGAGACGGCCUGCUGACUCCAUGGCCGAGGUAGAAGCUUAUAUCAACCGUUACCAUCCUGGGGAAGUGGAUGCUCUUCGUCGGGCAGUGAGUCCUACACGUGGGCAUGCGGAGAGACGAAUGGGGUUUCUAAGAGCAGAAGUCGGCAGGUUGUUGCGGGAAUUGCAACGGGAGGCGCAUCAAUGA